UGGGCCCAAUAAUUGCCUCCACAAAGACAUCUCACUAUCAUUCCAUUCCCACCCAAGUAACGCAUACCCAUACUUGGCCCGUAAUGGCAGAAUUGUAAUUUCAGGACAUAUAAAAGGAUUUGAAAAAAAAAAAUUGUUUAAUUCUUAUUUUCUCAAAAGCAAAAAAAAAAAAAAAAAAGUUAUAAUAAUUAUGAAAUUAUAGAAAAAGAAAAAGGUAACCACAGUGGAUAAAUAUUUUUUAACCAUGGUUAACUUAUACUUAUUCUUUAAGGCCAAAACGUUCCUAUAUAACCGCACUCUCUCCUUCAUUUCCUUCUUCACCUGCAACUUCCCAGUUCUCUCUUCUCUCUCUCUACCUUCGGUUUCAGUGCCUCUUCAGUUUCUAGUCUUUUGUCAUUUCAAAAACCCUCCAUUACCUUGCCAAGAGCACCCGCACACUGCAGAAGCAUAACACUUAGGAGUUCCUUUUGUAGCUAAAUCAAGAAAAGAAAAAAAAAAGAAAAAAAAAAAACCACGUCUUUUUACUAGUUUCUCUCCAUUUGUCAACUGUCCAUAUAAAGAAAAAUGUCUCAACAGUUAACCUUUGAGUACUUUCCUUCCAUUUCUCGAACUGGGUCUUCACCAUUUUUAAGUUUGGAGUUCAUUUUGUGCGUCUUUCUCUUUGUUUCCAUUUUCUCUUUCUGGUUAUCUCCCGGUGGUCUUGCUUGGUCUCUUUACAAAACUCUCUUUGUUAACAAUAAUAAUGUCCAAUCUAAAACAGCUAUUCCUGGUCCUUCUGGUUGGCCUGUUCUCGGCAUGGUUUUAGCUUUUACUGGUUCUUUAACUCAUCGAGUUCUUGCUAAAACCUCUCAGGUUCUUAAAGCUAAGACCUUGAUGGCUUUUUCUAUUGGCCUCACUCGUUUUAUUAUCUCUAGCCAUCCUGAAACAGCUAAAGAGAUUUUAAACAGUUCAGCUUUUGCUGAUAGACCCGUUAAAGAAUCCGCUUAUGAACUUUUGUUUCAUAGAUCAAUGGGUUUUGCACCUUUCGGUGAGUAUUGGAGGAAUUUGAGGAGAAUUUCAGCUACCCAUUUGUUUAGCCCUAAAAGAAUUGCUUCUUUUGCUGGGCUUAGGGCUGUUAUAGGGCAAAAAAUGGUUGCUGAGAUAAAGGGUUUAGUGGAGAGAGAUGGUGUUGUUGAAGUUAGAAAAGUAUUGCACUUCGGCUCACUUAACAAUGUUAUGAAAAGUGUGUUUGGAAAGAGUUAUGAGUUUAGUGACAAGAAGCAUAAUGUUGAUGCCUUUGAGCUUGAGGGUUUGGUUUCCGAAGGUUAUGAAUUGCUAGGGAGUUUUAACUGGAGUGACCAUUUUCCUUUCUUGGGUUGGUUGGAUUUACAAGGAGUGAGGAAAAGGUGUAGAAACCUGGUUGCUAAAGUGAGUGUUUUUGUAGGGAAGAUUAUAGAGGAGCACAGGAUUAGGAGGGCUGAGAGUGGAAAACAAAGGGCUGUUGCUGGUGAUGAGAAUUUUGGUGAUUUUGUGGAUGUAUUGCUUGAUUUGGAGGAAGAGAACAGGCUUACUGACUCUGAUAUGAUUGCUGUUUUAUGGGAAAUGAUCUUUAGAGGAACUGAUACAGUUGCAAUCCUCCUCGAAUGGAUUCUUGCAAGAAUGGUUUUACAUCCUGAUAUACAAGCCAAAGCCCAGUCAGAAAUCGACACCGUCGUUGGAACUAGCCGAUCAGUUUGCGAUUGUGACCUGCCUAACCUGCCUUACCUCCGCGCCAUUGUCAAAGAAACAUUAAGAAUGCAUCCACCAGGUCCCCUCCUAUCCUGGGCUAGGCUAGCGAUCCAUGACACCCACAUCGGCUCUUAUUUCAUUCCUGCAGGCACCACUGCUAUGGUGAACAUGUGGUCUAUAACCCACGAUCAGCAGUUCUGGUCAGAGCCAGAGAAAUUUAAGCCAGAGCGGUUCAUGGAAGAAGAUGUUGCAAUCAUGGGGUCUGAUCUUAGGUUGGCACCCUUUGGUUCAGGUAGAAGGGUUUGUCCUGGUAAAGCUAUGGGCUUGGCUACUGUGGAGCUUUGGCUUGCUCAGCUGCUCCAAAACUUUAAAUGGGUGCCUAGUGAUUGUGGUGUAGACUUGACAGAAAACCUAAAACUAUCUUUGGAAAUGAAGAACUCUUUGAUGUGCAAAGCUGUGGUUAGGGUUUCUGCUUGAGGAUAAAAGUUUGGUUUGGUGUUAAAUCUUCUUCCAAGAGUUUUGGAACUAUCUUGUGUUGAGAUGACCAAAACGUUUUCAAGUUUGAAGUUUAUUGUUUAUUAGUUUGGGGUGUUAGGGUUUUGUUUUUAGUAACUGGGUUGUGAAAUCUAGUAUUUGCAGGCUUGUGGGUGUUUUCUUUUUUCUGUUAAAAAAACAAGGUUGCAUGUUCUUAAUUAUAUUAGGUCUUGGCUUCUGUUUAAUUCCUUAGUAAGCAUGAAAACUUCUCUAUGCUCUUCUUGUAUAUAAGAUUGCUAUAUAUGAAUGCAAAAUAUUAGCUUGUU